AUGGAGACAUACCUAGAGGAGGUGCGCAAAAUGGAGAAGCGGUUCAUGGGCGUGGAGCUGCAGCAUGUGCCGCGCGGGACGAACAAGGAAGCAGAUGACAUCGCCAAAAGAGCCUCUCGCCAGCUCCCUCAGGAGCCAGGGGUGUUCGAGGAGCAGAUCUUCAAGCCAUCUGUGGUCCCGCACGUUACGACUCCAGCACCACCUCAGGAGGACUUGCCACAAGCGCCCGAGACAGGCACUCCAGCCCGUGGUCACCCCUCAGGAGCCCGCUUGCUGCUCGCGCUCGAGCCUCAGGAGGGGUGCUGGACAGAAGAGUUCAAGGCAUACUUGCUUCAAGGGACCCUGCCAGAGAAGGAAGAGGACGCUGAGCGCGUGGUCCGUCAGGCCACCGCGUACUAUAUCAAUGAUGGUGAGUUAUAUCGCAGGAGGCCCAAUGACGUUUCGUUGCGGUGCAUCUCCAGGGAACAGGGGCUCGAGCUGCUGGCGGACAUCCAUGGUGGGGACUGCGGGCAUCACUCCUCGUCCCGCACCCAAGUGGGCAAAGUGUUCCGCAGCGGCUUCUACUGGCCCACCGCGCUCAACGAUGCUACCAAGCUGGUGCGCUCUUGUGAAGCAUGCCAGUUCCACGCCAAGCAGAUCCAUCAGCCCACGCAGGGCCUCCAGACGACCCCGCUCACGUGGCCAUUUGCGGAAAAAGGAAAAGCUAAACAAAGAGGGCCUGAAGGCGUGCAAGCUUGGCACCAGCGCCGCAUCCUCAAGCAGUGCCUCAAGGUAGCCCGGCGCUCCACCAGUUCUUCCAGAGGAGAUCUGGGGCCACCAGCCUUGAGUCCAAGUUCGCUGGCCCCCAGCUUAAGCCGGGCUCCUCUCCAGCUUCACUGGAGUGCUGCGGCGGGACAAACCACCGGCGUCCUCGACACGAGCACGACGACGCGGAGGCCGGUCGUAGCCACCGUUGCUUGA